AGAAACCCCUACCUGUGUCCAUUUUCGUGCCUAAUGUCUUUGAUUUCGUGGAGCGGCCUUUGGAUCUUUGUGCUUCACAUCCUGCAGAAAUUUAGCACGCCCCUGGGAUGGGACCCAGCGGGUCUGGAUGCACUCAAUGCAGAACUUCAGGUGAAGGAAACCCACAGGAUGGCGCAGAGCAUGAGAGUAGAGGUGAGUGCACUAGUGCCGAUAUCCAAAGGAAAUUGUUCAUUGCCUUGCAGACGCUGCGGAAGUGAUUACGACUGGUGCAAUAUCCGCCAGGAUAUGCGCGCGUUGAUUAGCUUUGGACUUGGUGCCGUUCUCUGCGCACUGCUCUGCGGUUGGGCGCGCUGUAAGGAGUCGAACAGCCGAGAUCAAAUGGACCCUCUCGAGCGAGUCCAACUGUUUGCUUAUAUGAUGUGACGGCAGAAAGGCCGGGACUCCGGGACUCGGCACACCUCGGCACGUCUCGGUACUUCGUGAUUUUCCGUCAUGGAAUGGGCCCAUGGGCACAGCCAGCGUCUCACGUGGACACAAUUGUGGC